GUUAUUAUUUUUCGAUACAUGAUCGAUUAUUGUGUCGUUGGAUAUUAUGUAAUGCGAUACACAAAUAAUAGUGUUCGUUUAUUUAUUACAGAGGCAGCUAGAGGAUCAUUCGAGACUGUUGCGUAUCAUGGAGGCGGUGGUGGCGGUGACCCCCUACUAUCCACGGGGUCACCGCCGCGGACAACGCCGCGGCCGGAGUCGCGGCUACGGCCGGGGUCGGUCGGGCCGCGGCUCCGUCCGGAAAUAUAGGUGGCGGAGCGGGAGGAGGGAGGCGAGGGCGGUGGAGGCCGGUCCCUCCUCCAGAGAGGCGCCACUACCAACGCCGGCCGUUGAGACGCCCGCGGAGGCGACGCCGGAAGAGGAGGCGUCGACGGCGGCCGUGGAGGUGGCGACGGCGGCCGUGGAGGUGGUGACGGCGGCCGUGGAGGUGGGGACGGCGGAAAUAGAGCCCAUGGAAUAAUAAAAAAGAAUAAAAGUAUUAAAAAGAUAUUGUUUUUUGAUUAAUGGUAUCGUUGUACGAGAGAAAACGGUCGAUUGUACAAUCCUUUUUCCUAUAUCCUUGCGUCGAGAAAGCGUUCACGUACGUUGACAUAAGGACGAUGCAAAUAAUCAGUUCAAUAUCGCGUUAUGUUCUAUUGAA